AUGGCGGGAAAAAUGGUCCUCUACAAGCUGGUGGUCCUGGGAGACGGUGGUGUGGGCAAGACGGCCCUGACCAUCCAGCUCUGCUUGCAGCAUUUUGUCGAAACUUAUGACCCCACGAUUGAGGAUUCCUACCGGAAGCAGGUCGUCAUCGACACCCAAGCAUGCAUGCUCGAAGUCCUCGACACUGCCGGCCAGGAAGAAUAUACCGCCCUCCGAGAUCAGUGGAUCCGAGAUGGCGAAGGUUUCGUUCUCGUCUACAGCAUUUCGUCACGAUCCUCCUUCUCCCGCAUCAAGAGGUUCCACCACCAGAUCCAGCGGGUAAAGGAGUCCUGCGCCUCUUCACCCUCUUAUCCUGGUUCACCCAUAUCGGCCGUUCACUCCCAAGCGCCUGUACCCAUCAUGCUCGUCGGCAACAAGAGCGACAGGGUCACGGAGCGCGAGGUGUCCACCCAAGAAGGACAUGCACUGGCUCGUGAGCUGGGCUGUGAAUUCGUCGAGGCCUCCGCCAAGAACUGUAUCAAUGUCGAAAAAGCCUUUUACGAUGUCGUCAGAAUCCUCCGCCGCCAGCGCCAGGCAGCUUCCCGACCACAGCCCAACGGACGCAGCUCGACGCGCGCGCACAACUCCAGCUCGCAAGACUACAACACGAAGGAGAAGAACGACGGCAGUCGAGGAAAGGGCGACAAGAAGAAGAUCAAGUGCGUCAUUUUAUAA